CUCUUCUCUCUUUCUCUCUCUCUCAUUCACACACACAGUCGAUUUGAGAGGUGUUGUAUGCAGAGGUUUUAGAGAGAGAAAGAGAGGGUUUUAGAGAGAGAGAGAGAGAGAGAGGAGUACAUUGAAUGAGAGAGGAACAAUUUCGUGGUGUGAACGGCGAAGGAGGCGAAUACGGAAAGUACAAUUUGGAGCUGUAAUUGCGUGCCGUUCUCGAACCCUCGCCAACUCUAUAGUUCGUAUCGACUCUGUGUGUGUGUGUGUGUGUUUUUGCAGAGCAGGAGAUUCAGAAGACGAAGCAAUGAUGAAGAGGAGACCAGCUUCUUCGUCCUUGAGACACCGCCUGUUCUUGUUCGGCCUGAAGCUUGUGAUCUUGCUCUCGGCGUUCCUCUGCUUGUUCGCUCUUCUCAGACUCCAUUCUCUUUACAAGCUUCAACCUGCUAGGCAUCGUAGAUAUAUACAUCACUUUGAAGGCUCUCCUAAGAUCGCCUUUCUCUUCCUCGUUCGCGAAAACCUUCCUCUCGAUUUCCUCUGGCACAGCUUCUUCCAGAAUGGCGAUGUUGCGAAUUUCUCAAUUUAUGUACAUUCAAAGCCCGGUUUUGUGUUUGAUAAGUCGACUACGAGGUCAACUUUCUUUUACGGUCGACAGUUGAGAAACAGCAUUCGGGUGGCUUGGGGAGAACCGAGUAUGAUAGAAGCAGAAACGUUGUUAUUUGAAGCAGCUAUUGAUAAUCCAGCCAAUCAGAGAUUUGUUCUUCUCUCCGACAGUUGCGUGCCCUUGUACAACUUCAGUUAUGUAUACAGCUACCUGAUGUCUUCUCCAAGAAGCUUUGUUGACAGCUUUGUUGACGUAAAAGAAUUGCGUUACAACCCAAAGAUGUCACCUGGCAUACCAGAGGCCAAAUGGAGGAAAGGAUCCCAGUGGAUCGCUUUGAUCAGAAGACAUGCAGAGGUGGUUGUCGAUGAUGAUGUUGUUCUUUCUCUCUUCAAGAAAUUUUGCAAGCGGCGGCCACUUUUAGACUCAAGUAAGGGAAAUGUGUCUCUGAAACAGAUUGAACACAACUGUAUUCCAGAUGAACACUUUGUGCAGACAUUACUUACAUUGAGGGGACUUGAAGAUGAACUUGAACGGCGAACAUUGACAUACUCUUUGUGGAAUCAGUCUGGCGUGAAAAUGGAUACAAAAUCUUGGCACCCGGUUACUUUUAACUAUGCAAAUGCUGGGCAGCUACAAAUUAACAAAAUAAAGGAUAUCAAACAUAUUGACUACAAAUCUGAGAAUCGGACGGAGUUAUGUCGUACUAAUUCUUCGCUUGCUCCUUGUUUUGUAUUUGCAAGAAAGUUCUCACAUGGAGCAGCCAUGCGGCUGUUGAUUGAUGGUGUGGUUGGUACCUAUGAUCUGGAUGCAUUAUUUGAUACCCCGAAAUGAAUAGUGUCAUACAUUUAAUUCUAAACAUGCACAGCAACACUCAAAGCAGCCAGAGUAAGUUGUGCAACCAUCCCACAGUUGGGGAAACUGGAGUCCCAGGGUUGGACCGAACUCUUUGGGGAAAGGGAAGUCAAAUUUUACUCGGGCCUCAUGUUUUCUCCUAUUGGUUGGAACCAACAUAUUCCCAUGUAAGAGCAUCUCCAACAAGAAGUUGUAUUUUAGCUACCUAAAAAGUAAUUUUUUCAAUUUUAAUUACUCACUUUUUCAAUACACACUCCAAGAGAUUUUCUAUUUUUUUAACUAUUUAUUUUAAAUAUUUUUUUCAUUCCUUUUAUAUAUUUUUUUUUUGAGAAUAAUGAAAGGGAGAGAGAGAAUGGAGAAAGGAGAGGAAGAGAAAGAAAAUAAUAUAAAAUAUGUUUACAAGUUCUUACAGUGAUACUCUAUAUUUAGAGUAUCACUGUAGCAAAAAUCUAUUUUAGAGUAUAUGAGCAGCAUCCGUUGGAGCAUGACUUUUGACUUUGAUUAAUCAAAUUUUAGCUAUUUUGAUCAUUUAUAGCAUCUUUUGGGGACGCUCUAACAUGGUUUGGCCUGGUCCAUUGUAUAUGAGGCCGAGACGGGGAGUUGAAGAACAGAAAAGAUGCAACAACCUUCCAUUUGGAAAUGAUGUACGGGGACAGGUUUUAACUGCGGGGUUUGAGGUUGGAGAUUUCUAAAAGUUAUAGUUACAGUUCUUGACAGCUGAUGAAAGAUUGUUGUCUGCACUCAGGUUAAAUUUAAAAAAAAAAAAAAAUGUUAAAAGAGUUGAGACUCAUCGUUAAGCAGCUUGACUUAUACAUCACUAACCACUUGGCUUCUUUUUGAAUUCUUGAAUUUUAAUUUAAUGUAAGGUUAGUGUUCUGCCCUUUCUUUCUUUUUGUUCGUAGUUUAUGUGACGCCAUGGAAAAUUUUGGAGCAAAGUUCUUGCGAUCUAAAAAAUUGAUAUAAUGAUGUCGUUGUGACAUGAUUCAAUAUUAUUGUUGUGAUUGUAGCUAUUAUACUUUUUCAUUGAGAUUAUUAUUUUUGUAUUUCUUCAUGGUACGAA